AUGAAGAAAGGAUUUUUUGUAUCGUGCCGUCAGAACAAAGAGCAGAAAGGACUUAGGGAAAUCACAAGGAAGCUACAGAUACUGAUAGAAUCAUCUGUAAGGAUGCACAAAGUAUGUAGACUUGAAGAGCAGUUACAGGAUGAAAUAGAAGAGUAUAAGAAUCACUCGAAGUUUGUCAAGCUAAUGGAGCACAGAUGCAUUCUUGUUAUUGAAAAUAAAAGCCAUGAGUCAUCUGUAUCGCUGUUUAAUAAACUCAGAGAAACGAAUACAAUAUUUGAAUAUGUGCAUCGUGUAAUUCCACUUGAGAGGAUUUUCCGGAUUGAUGAUGCAAAGAUUAUUGAGGGAAUACAGGGACUGGAGGAUGGAAAGAGCUAUAAGAUUGUGUAUGAAGAGAGGAUGUGCAGUGAAGGAGUGAAGAAAAGGGUCUUUGAUGUGAUAACAAAGAAUAUUUGCCUGAAGGUUGACUUGGAAACUCCAGAUUACAUUAUUGCAGUCCAAGUUUUCAAAAGCAUGUUUGGAAUGUCUGUUGUUAUGAAUGAGCACAAGAACUUCAGUUUUUCUGCUGUAUAA